CACAAACUCGUCUGCACUCAACGGGCGAGGCAACAGCCUCAGCCUGACACGUGACUAGACCCUGAGACACGGGUCGGCGCGUCCAAUGCGUCGAAAUGUCAGGACCGCCACAUUUCAAGACAAGCCCGACGUCUUCACUGUAUUGAUGGGAGGAAAGUAUGGCGACAGAACUUGUGAAGGACCAUGCGCCCUUGGCUGGUGCUGUGCUAUGCUGCACCUCCAUCACGCCAGAAGCACGCCACCUCAUCGCCACUGCUGGUGAGGAAAUGGGCGCCGUGCACAAAUUUGACCUUACCUCCGACGUCACGCACCUUAUUGUCGGCGACGUAGACACUCCAAAGUACAAGUAUGUCGCCAAAGAGCGACCAGACGUAAAAGUGGUAUUACCCAGCUUUAUCGAUGCCGUGAAGCAGGUGUGGAUGGAGGGUGGAGAUGUGGAUCUGCCCGCCUUGGAGAUCGAGCAUAGGGCACCUACCUUCAUGGGUCUGAAGAUUUGCUUGACGGGAUUUGAAGACCCCAAGGUGCGGGAGAACAUCAAGUCGCUCGCGUUGAGCAACGGUGCAGAGUUCCAUGGUGAUCUCACGAAGGCUGUCACGCAUCUGAUUUGCGCUGCGCCCGAGGGCAAAAAGUACGAGCACGCGCUCCGAUGGCAGAUCAAGGUUGUCGGCUUCGAGUGGUUGCAGCACAGCCUAGAACGCACCAUGGUCCUAGAAGAGUCUCUGUACGACCCCAUCCUGGCGCCCCUUGAUCGUGGAAAGAAUGCCUACAACAAGAGUGCGAUGGAGGCCUAUCAUGAAUCGCUUCAGCUUGGCAAACGGAAGCGCGACGAAGACAAGGCACCCGGACCUGCUGCAAGGCGAAAGCUCAGACGCACGUUGAGCAAGAAGAUCGAGAGCCAAAGAGAAACCAUCUGGGCCGACAUUGCUUCGGCUGGAUCUGGACAGACACUCCAGGAUGAAUGGCAGCCGUCUGGGGUUGAUGGUGUCGGUCCAGGGGGAGCAAAAACUUAUGAAUCUGAGGAACCCACACCCGAGCUCAAAGCUGAACCCCCGAAGCGCAAUUCCUCUGUCAUUUUUCCGGAGCCGCAGCCGAGCAGAAGCAACUCAACAUUCGAGAACGCCGUCACAUAUGUUCACGGCUUCCCCAACGACAAGCUCAACCUGCUGCAGGCUGUACUGGAAGGAAAUGGCGCGCGCGUCUAUACUUCGCCCAACUUGGUGGAUGCUGAAGUCGAGUCGUCAGAAGUUGGCUACGCAGUCAUCCCGCACGAUGUCCCAGAAGAUCGGCUCCCGAAGAUUCCGGGAAGAGCGUCAGGUUUCUUGCGGGUGACUGAAUGGUGGGUUGAGAACUGCCUCCAGAACAAGACGCUCGUGGAUCCUGCCACAUACCCACUCUGCAGGCCCUUCGAGAAGCAUUCUGUGGAGGGAUUUCGCGGUCUGGUAAUCAGCUCAACCGGCUUCAGCAGCAAAGGCAUGGAUCUGCUGCAUAUUCAGCGGGUCGUCAAUCUCAUGGGCGCAACCUAUUCCGAGCGACUCGAUGCGAAAGUCAACGUCUUGGUUUGCAACACCCAAGCCCCGAUCAAUCAAGAAAAGUUGGACUUUGCUUCCGAGAACAACAUCGAAGCUGUCAGCGAGCAAUGGCUGUACCACAGCAUAUCGAAAUAUUCAAGGCAAGAUACUAGAGACUAUUGCAUCAAAAUGGAGACGCCAACGGUUCCGGUCGACUACGUCCCCACCAUCAAAGCAAAAACGAGUAUGUCGAGGUUGAGUUUAAAGGGCAGGUACGUAGAUUCCUUUUCUUUCGUUUGUUAUUAUAAUGGAUUGUUUCUUUCUGAAGAAUGCGGGAGCGCUUGGCUCACUGUGGCCAUGUAGCAUAUCUCCAUUUUCUUCGCUGGACAGCGAGAUCUUUGCUUCUGGUCCAGGACAGCACAGCGACAUGAAGCAGGACGAUGUCUGACACAUCGACUGGCAGGGCACUUCCCCUCGGAUUCACGGCUUCAAAUCCUGAAAGGACCAAAGACUCGACGACACCUGCUGCGAAGCCUCGGGCAAAUGCAAAGGCGUCACGGGGACCUUUUUAUGAAGACGAAGACGAUGAGCAGUACUCUGGUCUUCCUGCUGAACCUGAAACUCGGAAGACUCAGGGUCCCGGCAAGCAUUCAUCAUCCCAGCCGCUUACUGCCUUGUCUCAAGAGAGACAAAACUCGCAAAACAAUCGAGCGAGGCCUUCGGAUUGCGAUCAAUCACAUGAACGUGGGGAGCAUGAAAGCUCCUUAUCAUUACCGCAAAACGAAAAUCUUGCCACGACGGUGACAGACACCUCUCAGAAGAACGAACAGCUAAACAACGCGAUCGCGUCUCUGCUUGCGGCAAGACAGAAUUCAAACUUACGACGCUCAACUUCAGAUAAACCCAUCCCCAAGGAAAUAUCCACGUUGGGCAAGAGGCGUCGCGGCCCUCUAGGGCGCGCAUCUAGCGGCGGCUCGCUCGUUUCUUUACGCGCUGACAGCAUAGGCUCGAACGUGUCGCAGGAGGAGUCUGGGCAGAAGGACUCGGUGCCCGACCCGAGCCAGAAGAUCAUAUACGAGGAUGAGAGGGCCGUGGAGGAGAGAAGGGCGUUGAUCAGGAAGAUGGGUGGGCAGGUUGACGGCGAGGGUGUUGACGUGGCAAGAGUUGAGAGCAUCGGCAUCGUAAAGGACGCGAUACCUUCCAACGUCGCGGGUGGGCUGGCAAGUCUCGCCAGCGGGAGAGCAAAGAGGAAAACCGCUGCAAGGGGCUAGCACGUGUUCUAGGCUCCUCGAACUGUGAACGCAUCACGAAGUCAAUCAGGGGUGUAAUAGCACGUGCUUGGAGAUGGUCUUUGGUACUGCAUUUUCGGGACCAUGGACGAGUCUCGCUUGUGUCUCUUCGCAUCCGACACUUAAAGCAAGGUCGCCAAUGUUCUAGCUCACGUCCUUACACGUGCCAAUCACACCCAUUCUUGGUGUCUCUACUGGCUCUGCACUCAAAACGCGGAGCACAGGGCAUUCCCCGACCUCCAAGCAUUCAGCCGCGCUGCGUGUCGGUCUGGAGAAAACGAAGCCAUGAGCAGCAUUCGUGAGCUGGUCGUGUGUACAGCGCCUCGCCGCGCUAGACGCAAAGCCUACGAUGACAACGACGAUGACGACAACGAUUUCGACGAAGGGCGUCGUCCUCGGCAAAGCGAGAUCGAGAUGCGCGGACACGUUAUUGUCAUCUUUGACGUAGAUGCGAAAGAAAGAGAAGGAGCCCGCGCGUCAUACGAGGAAGAAAAGAGUGCGGAGACGGAGAUCUGAAAGGAACAGGGGGAGAAGAAAAGAAGAAAGAAAAAGAAAAUAAGGAAAAAAAAAAAGGAAUUCGCUCCUGUGGUUCGUCCUCGAUCAUCGUGGCAUAGCACCGAACAGACCGAUCGCCCCCCUUUUUCGAAUUCCUCGUCCUUGAUUUUUUUUUCUCCGCUCCGCGCUUCUUCUCCGGACAAGGUCUUUUUUAUUUUCUCAGCAGAGUAGAUUUUCUUUUUUUUUCGUAACUUGACAUUCCUUCGUGACCAUCGUCGGCAUAGCGGUCUUGAAAAGUGUCGUGGUCCAGAAGAUGAAACGGUAUUCGUCCCUGGGAAAACGUCUGUCAGCGCGCGGCCGCCACGUCCCCAAUGGAAAGAGGAUAGACCAACAGCAAACGAUGGCGUACCGUUCGUUAUCUCGCUCUCCGGCAAGCUAGAGCGGCACGUCCUCGCCUCCUACUUAGACGCCGCAUAUGGUGAUCUUGGCGACGUCGACCACGGCCUUGAGGUCGAGCAGGGCGGGCCGCAGGUAGCGCUUGCGGUAGGGGUUGGGCGG